CUCAGGUACUCAUGUUCACUUUUACCAGCUGAGCCGUUUCUACUUCUGCCCGUUUCUCCCUGAAGCCUUGCUUAUUACUAGGCCAUGAGCACUAGGUAUUGAUUGGCAAGAGCCAGAAAGACACGGGUCCAAGUGUCUUUCCCACUGUGACAGCUCCUCAGUCUACUACCAGUUUCCUUUUUCUGUGUGUGCAAUAGGCACCCAUCUCCCAACCCAAAUAGGUGAAUAGUGCCAGGGCCUCAUCUUAAAACCCAAGACUAGCAAGACAUUGGGUAUUUCUGCAGCAAAGAGCCUGACAGAAUUUAUAAAACGUGUCUGCCAUACAGCUUUUGCUAAGGAUGUUCUUUCUCUGCCACCAAGUCGCGCCCCCAGCCUCUCACUGGGGUAAAUCUAGUCACCCUACUGCUAAACUAUGUGCCUGCCUAGUCUCUCCAGGUCUAGAGUCUACCACUGGCAGUUCCGGGAUCAAAGGAAACUGUUUCGGAGCCAGGAGUUCUGGGUUCCAAGGACCACGGUUCCAUGACUCCCUGGCUGCUGACUGACGUGGAGAGAAGCCCAGGAGCUAGGCGGGAACUGGCUUCUGUACUGCAAUAUUUUGGCCAAGGCCUCCGCCCCGCCCCGCCCACCUGCCGCAGGACCGGAAGCUGGUCUGUCUUUUGCGCGGGGGAGUGGGAGGGAUGGCCCUCCCACGUGGUGUGGCACCGGAAGCCGUCAGCUAGCGCUCCAGAUUCUCCCACGUGAUCCAGCCAGGACGCGGGAGGGUGGUGGCGGGGGUAAGAGGUGGGGCGAAAGAGGGCAGACACAGUCCGGUCACAUGACACGUCAUGUGACACGAUCCCGGAAGUCCGCGGCAACGUUUCGGGCACUGGUGGGCUUGGAGCCGUGUCGGCAUGUUCUCGGCGGGCGCGGAAAGUCUGCUGCACCAGGCCAGGGAAAUCCAGGAUGAGGAGCUACGGCGUUUCUGCUCCCGGGUCACUAAGCUGCUGCAGGAAGCCCCAGGACCAGCCACCGUGGAUGCCCUGCAGAGACUCUUCCUCAUCGUCUCAGCCACCAAGUACCCCCGUAGAUCUUGCGUUCCAGGCUGGAGAAGAUGUGUGUGGACCUGUUACAGACCACUCUCUGCUUGCCUGCCAGCCCUGAGCAGCUCCAGGUCCUCUGUGCUGCUAUCUUGAGAGAGAUGUCACCUUUUAACGACCUGGCCCUGUCCUGUGAUCACACCCCAAACACCCGGCAGCUUAGCCUUGUGGCCUCUGUGCUCUUGGCCCAGGGAGACAGAAAAGGAGAGAUCAGAUGUGUGAGCCAGCGCAUCUUCAAGAUCCUCGAGAACCGGCAGCCUGAGGGGCCCAGUGUCCGGCCCCUCCUCCCCAUCCUGUCCAAGGUCAUUGGCCUUGCCCCGGGCAUCCUCAUGGAAGACCAGACCAACCUGCUCAGCAAAAGGCUGGUGGACUGGCUUCGCUACGCCAGCAUCCAGCAGGGGCUUCCGUACUCAGGGGGCUUCUUCUCCACACCCAGGACCCGGCAGCCCGGUCCCAUCACUGAGGUGGAUGGAGCAGUAGCUUCUGACUUCUUCACGGUACUCUCCACGGGCCAGCACUUCACAGAGGACCAGUGGGUGAACAUGCAGGCCUUCUCCAUGCUGAGGAAAUGGCUGCUGCACAGUGGUCCCGAGGACCCCUGCAGUCCUGAUGCAGAUGACAAGUCAGAGCUCGAGGGCUCCACCCUGUCUGUGCUGUCUGCGGCCUCCACUGCCAGCCGACUGCUGCCCCCUCGGGAGCGGCUGAGGGAGGUGGCCUUUGAGUACUGCCAGCGCCUGUUGGAGCAGAGUAACCGGAGAGCGCUGAGGAAGGGGGACUCGGACCUACAGAAAGCUUGCCUGGUGGAAGCUGUGUCGGUGUUGGAUGUGCUGUGCCGGCAGGACCCCUCCUUCCUCUAUCGCACCCUCUCCUGCCUGAAGGCCCUGCACAGGAGGCUGGGCGAGGACCCUGGCAGCGAGCGGGCACUGGUGCCUCUUGCCCAGUUCUUCCUGAACCAUGGGGAAGCGGCCGCCAUGGACGCAGAAGCCGUCUACGGGCAGCUGCUCCGAGGUCUCCCUUCUGAACGCUUCCACAGCCCGACCCUGGCCUUUGAGGUCAUACACUUCUGCACACACAACCUGGCUCUCUUCGACUCCCACUUUCUCAGCCUUCUCAGGCUGAGCUUCCCAAGUCUGUUCAAGUUCCUGGCUUGGAACAGCCCUCCUCUCACAGCGGAGUUUGUGGUCCUCCUCCCAGCUCUCGUGGAUGCUGGCACCGCCGUGGAGAUGCUGCAUGCGCUGCUUGACCUGCCCUGUCUGACUGCCGCCCUGGACCUUCAGCUCAGGUCCACACAGACUCCGUCGGAAAGGCUGCUUUGGGAUAUCUCCCUCAGGGUCCCCAGCUGCCUGGAGGCCUUCCAGGACCCACAGUUCCAAGGACUCUUCCGGCACCUGCUCCGUACCAAGGCCAGCGGUUCCACAGAGAGGCUGACGCCACUUCACCAGGUGCUGAAGCCCAUGGCCAGCUGUGCCCGGGUAACCCAGUGUGCGGAGGCGGUGCCCGUCCUGCUUCAGGCCUUCUUCUCAGCUGUGACCCAGACUGCCGAUGGGGCCCUAAUCAACCAGCUGGCACUGCUGCUCCUGGAGAGAAGUGACUCCCUCUACCCGGUCCCUCAGUAUGAGGCCCGUGUGCACGGGGUGCUGAGCUCCCAGCUCCUGGUGCUGUGUAAGCUGAAGCCAUCGCUGGUGGUGGAGCUUUCACGAGAGCUCCUGGAGUUCGUGGGGAGCGUGAGCAGCAUCCACAGCCGAGCCAGCGUGUUCACUUGUGUGGUGUGGGCCAUUGGUGAGUACCUGUCGGUGACUUGGGACAAGAGGUGCACAGCGGAACAGAUCAACAAGUUCUUUGAAGCCCUGGAAGCCCUGCUGUUUGAAGUCACCCAGUCCCGCCCCUUAGCCGACUUGCCCUGCUGUCCUCCAGAGGUGGUCACUGCACUCAUGACCACACUGACCAAACUAGCCUCCCGGAGCCAAGACCUGAUCCCAAGGGUGUCACUGUUCCUGUCAAAAAUGCGAACCCUGGCCCAGAACCCAGCCACCAGCUCUGUGCACAGUGAAGAGGGUGCGGAAUCCAUCCGGACCCGGGCCUCAGAGCUGCUAACCUUACUAAAGAUGCCCAGUGUGGCCCAGUUUGUGUUCACACCUCCUGCAGGCGUGUGCCAGCCCCGCUACCACCGGGACACCAACGUGGCCCUGCCUCUGGCUCUGCGCACGGUCAGCCGGCUGGUGGAGAAGGAGGCUGGCCUCCUGCCAGGUUGAAGGGACAGUCACCACCUGAACAGUAGCUACAGCGUGAGAGCCUGGGCAGUCAGCAGUAUUGGAGCUGAGCUGCAGGCGUGGGUGACUCGUGAGGCAUGGUGGACAUGACUGUCAGGAUGGGAUCACCAGCCCCUGGGGAUGAGUCAUCUCACCUUGUCUCUGUGGCUGGCCAGUCAGCCUUGAGCAGCCGGUAGGUGACUGAGUGUUACUUCCUAGGCCGAGCAGAAAUGGCCUGGUCUGCUUGCUGCUGUUACUCAUUUCUGGAUUUGGGGGCAGGGAGCAGUGCAGGAAAAAUAAACUAAAGAAUUAUUUAUGCUGAGCAGUGGUGGCACAUGCCUUUCAUCUCAGCACUCAGGAGGUAGAGGCAGGUGGAUUUCUGAGUUCAAGGCCAGCCUGGUCUACAGAGUGAGUUCCAGGACAGCCAGGACUACACAGAGAAACCCUGUCUCAAAAAACCAAAAGAGAAUUCUUUAAUAUUACAUGUAUGUGCUUGCACACACCACAGUGCACACGAGAUCAGGAGACAGCUUUUGCUACUCGGUUCUCUCCUCAGCCAUGUGGGUCUUGGCUGGUUGCCUGGCUCAGUGACAAGCGCCUUUACCUACUGAGCCAUUGUGCCUGCCACCAAGUAAAUCUUCCAGUGCUGUGUACAGCCCAGGCCCCUCUCUCUGCCUUCCUUGGACUUGGAGAGCCAGGGAGCCUGGGCUGCUGCCUUCCCACCCUGCCCUCUGUUGAGGGAAAUACCUGGGUCCCCUGAUUGGCUCCUGUGUCCUUGAUGUGACAGAAAUGACAUGCUCUGGAGCUGAAACUCACAAAGCCCUGAGUUUAAUCCUGAGUGUAACCCCAGGCAUGGGGUGCACACUGCAAUCCCAGCACUCAGCAGGUGGAGUGAAGUUCGAGAAAGGUCAGAAGUUCAAGGUCAGCCUUGGCUAGGUAACAACUUGAAAUGCAGCCUGGGCUACAAAAGAAAUUGGGCCUAGAAGAUGACUCAGCACAUAAAAGGCCUUGCUAGAUGCCCCUGAUGACCCAGGGUUGACCCCUGGAUCUCAUGUGUAAGGCUGCGUACCAUGGUGUGUAUGUAGCUGUGAAGACAGCAGUUCAAAGCUCAAAGGCUUGCUACAGCAGUGGAAGAACGAGCUGGAAAGCAAGAACCAACUCUCAGAACGCACGCCAUGCCUUGGUCACAUAAGACAUUUUAAAAGCUAAAUAAAACUCAAGGUGUAUUCAUGA